GAUUUUGGAGGAAGAUGAGGGUGAAGGAGAUACUCAGGACGGCGACCCAGGCAUGGAGUCCUGCUGCAAAGCAUCCCUCGUACCUGGCCUUAGGGACGGCGGCGCAGCAGCUGGACGCGUCCUUCAACACCAGCGCCGCUCUGGAGAUCUUCGAGAUGGAUUUCGCCGAUACGUCCAUGGACAUGAAGCUCAGAGGAACUUUACCCACUUCCAACAGGUUCCACAGUCUGAUCUGGGUGGGGUUUGAUAUGGAAGUGAAGGACUCUUCCGGGCGGCUCAUAGGAGGCAGUGAGAACGGAGCGGUGAGCGUCUUCAGCCCCGACUCCAUCCUGACCUCGGGAGAGGACGCCGUGAUCGGACAGUCCAACAAACACACCGGCCCCGUCCGUGCGCUCGACUACAACCGCUUCCAGAGUAACCUCAUCGCCUCCGGAGCCAACGAUUCAGAAAUAUACAUCUGGGACUUGAACAACUUCAGUAAUCCCAUGACGCCGGGCGCAAAGUCCCAGCUCUGUGAGCCGGUGGAGGACGUGAGUGUGGUGGCGUGGAACCGUCAGGUGCAGCACAUACUGGCGUCUGCAAACCCCAGCGGGAAAGCCGUGGUCUGGGAUCUGAGGAAGAACGAGCCCAUCAUCAAGAUCAGCGACCACAGCAACAGGAUGCACUGCUCGGGGAUGUUGUGGCAUCCUGACGUGGCCACGCAGCUGGUCCUGGCUUCGGAGGACGACAGACUUCCGGUCAUACAGAUGUGGGACCUUCGCUUUGCCACCUCGCCUCUCAAAGUCCUGGAGAGCCACACCAGAGGGAUUCUGUCCAUCUCGUGGAGUCAAGCCGAUCCAGAGCUUCUGCUGAGCAGCGGCAAAGACAACCGGAUCCUGUGCUGGAACCCGAACACCGGAGAGGUGAUUUACGAGCUGCCGACGGCCAAUCAGUGGUGUUUCGAUGUGCAGUGGUGUCCCCGUAACCCCGCCCUCCUGUCCGCCGCGUCGUUCGACGGCCGGAUCAGUGUGUACUCUGUGAUGGGAGGACGUCUUCAGCAGCAUCAGCACAGCACGGUGGACCAGAUCUCUGCCUCGUUCGACACCAACGACCCGUUUGGAACCGGCCAGGCUCUUCCUCCUCUGCAGGUUCCUCAGCCCACAGUGGAGACCACCAUCAUCCCUCCUCUAAAAAAGCCGCCCAAGUGGGUACGGAGGCCUGUAGGCGCAUCUUUCGCUUUCGGAGGGAAGCUGGUGACGUUUGAGGGCCCUGUCGUGGCUCCGCAGCAGCCGGCCCCGAGGCAGGUGCAUGUGAGUCAGGUGACCACAGAGACGGAGUUCCUCCAGAGGUCGGCGGAGCUGCAGGCCGCUCUUCAGUCCGGAUCCUUCAGCAGCUACUGCCACGGCAAGAUCAGCAGCUCCCCGUCCGACGCCGAGCAGGACAUCUGGAGGUUCAUUAUGGUGAAUUUUGAAGACGAAGCACGUGUGAAGUUUCUCCGUCUGCUGGGCUUCAGUAAAGACGAGCUUCAGAGGAAGAUCUCUGCGUGUUUGGGAAGGAAGCUUCAUCCGAACGGUUUAGACGUGAAUGAUCUGGCUGAGAAGAUGCAGACGCUCUCUGAUCAGAGAGCAGAUGAGUCGUGCGGCGCUGCAGACGGUUUGUCCGGCCGGGAGUCUCCCGCUGAUUUCUUCAGUCAACUCCCGAAGAAAGAGAAAGCGCGAGAGCCCUUCCAGAUCCCCGUGUCCUCAGAUACGGACGGUCUGAUCAGUCAGGCUCUGUUGGUGGGGAACUUCGAGGCUGCGGUGGAGCUGUGCUUGAACGACGGCCGUUUCGCUGAAGCCAUCCUCCUGUCCAUCAGUGGAGGGGAGGAGCUACUGAAGAAGACCCAGCAGCGCUACCUCCACCGACAGAGCAGCAGCGUCUCCAUGCUGAUCUCGUCGGUGGUGACUCAGAACUGGUGUGAUAUCGUCCAGAGCUGUGAGCUGGAGAACUGGAAGGAGGCGCUAGCGGCUCUCCUGACCUACGCUAACCCCGAGGAGUUCGCUCCUCUGUGCGACACUCUGGGCUCCCGUCUGCAGGCUGAAGGCUCCGAGAAGCGCUGUCUGCAGGCCUGUCUGUGCUUCAUCUGCUCGGGGAACAUCGAGCGUCUGGUUCAGUGCUGGACGUCGCAGAGAGACUGCUCUUCUCCGCUGGCUCUGGAGGAUCUGGUGGAGAAGGUGAUGAUCCUGCGCAAGUCGAUCGAGCGUCUGCGGAGCGGCGAGGUGUGCGUUCAGAGCUCAGCGCUCACCGAGAAGCUCGUCCAGUACUCCAGCAUACUAGCGUCUCAGGGCAGCUUGAGUUCGGCGCUCAGCUACCUGCCCGACCAACCAGACCAGGCUGGUGUUGGGAUGUUGAAAGAUCGACUGACUCAUGCGAAGGGUGAGAUCCUGCAGAGACCACAGCCAUCUGCUCCAGCAGGAGGUGCUAAAGCACCGGCCAACACACACACUCCUGCAGCACACACACAGGGGCCGUACGGAUCCUCGGCUCCUCCUCAGACGUCUCAGGCGAUGCCCCGUCUCUUCACUCCUCAGCCGCGGGCCGAUCCCGCUUCCGGAGCUCCGCGGCCGAGCCUCAGACCCGUCUACCCACAACACCCCGCGACAGCCCCGGGCUUCGCUCCGUCUCAGCCGUUUGCUCAGUCCGGUUCUCUAGGAGCUCCGGUGGGUUUCAUGUCUGGCCCUUCGAUGUCGGGGCCCUCGGCUCCACCCUCGUCUCCGCCGGGCCCCAUGAUGCCGGCCCCGCCGGCCCCAGGCUUCCUCUCGCCCACAUCUCUCCCGGGCGGCCCGGGGCCCUUGUUUCCAACGGCUCCUCCCACCGGGGCCUAUCAUCCUCUCGGAGCCGGGUAUCCUCAGGGUGGCCCCGGGGCCCCGGGAGCCAAGAGCUUGAGCAGCGCCGGGGUCCCGCCUCCACCAUCAGGAUAUUUCCCAUGGCUGCUGUGCCACACCCAAGAGGAAGUUCAGGACGGCUGGAACGACCCUCCAGCUGUGCGCGCUGGACAGCGCAAGAAAAAGCUACCAGAGAACUACACCCCCCCUGCCCCGAUCACGGCCCCGGUGAUGGGUUUCCCUGCAGAGGCUCCCGUUCCUCAGGAUCGGGUCCAGGUGCCGCCCGGAGCCCCUCAGGAGCCCAACAUACAGUCCUUACAGCAGCUUCCUUCGGAGCGUGUGGAGCAGAAGGAAAUCCCCACCGAACACAUGAUCCUCAAGAACACCUUCAGCAGCCUGGUGCAGCGCUGUCAGCUAGCCGCCGCCGACCCGCAAACCAAGCGCAAGCUGGACGACGCCUCCAAGCGUCUGGAGAGUCUGUACGACAAGCUGCGAGACCAAGCGCUCUCUCCCAGCAUCCUCGGCGGCCUGCACGAGAUCAGCCGCUGCGUCGGCGCCCGAAACUAUCAGCAGGGUCUGGAGGUGCACACGCAGGUGGUGAGCAGCAGCAACUUCAGCGAGAUCUCUGCCUUCAUGCCCGUCCUCAAAGUGCUCAUGACCAUCGCCAACAAGCUGGCCGUGUGACUCGGCUCGGGCUCGAGGAAGAGCAUCCCGCGCAGCAGGACUUACUCAUCCCGCAGCGAGCGUGGAUCGCAGUGAAUUAAAUGCAACGGGAGCCGACUGGUGCGACGUGGUGCGUUUAAUUCAGUGUGAAAAAGUGCGAGCUUUAUCAUGAAACGCAGGCAGAACGACUUUUUUUUUUUUUUUUUUUUUUUUUCGGCAUCGAUGCAUGCAUCGCGGCCCUUAAAGAAGCAGAACCAAUUUGUAAAAAAAAUAAAAAUGAAAAGCACUGUUAAUUGUGCAUCGAAAAGACGUUGUUUCAUAAACCGUGUUGAACUGAAUGCAACCGUUUGUCUGAGUAAAUUAUGUUAAAUAAUUCUGGCGCGUGUUGCUGCAUUUAAAGGAAAUGAAUGCGGGGUUAUUUCAUAAACGGUUUGCCUAAAAUGGCUUAUUUGUGAUCUCAAUGUGAGAAUCUACACUUUCUGUGCGUAAUUGUUCAUAAAUAAUGCCAUGUUUUGUAAAAUGAUGUAAAAUGAUCACAGUUUGAAUGAAAAUAUAGCCUUAAAACCAAUCCGUAAAUGCUAUUUGAAAUAAUUUCUGUGCAAAUUGUUGCAUUCAGUUCGGUCGUGAAUUCGUUCUGAAUGCAUUUCAUGAAUGAGGUCCAGAGUUUUUUUAACGUUACGCGAGCAGAGAGGUGCGACGCCGUCUGUAGUUUAUUCAUCGUGAUGAUUGUUGAAGUCCGUGUUUUCGAUUGGGUUUGGUUCGUGUGAAGGCUUGUUUUUCUAUUGCACUCAUAGGGAGGGUGAUGCUUGAGCCGCCUUGCUGUUUCUCCUCUAAACACUCCUGUAGAAAAACUUCAUUAGAUGUUCUUCAAACCAUCGAAACGAAGAUGAACCGGUGAGGCUUUGGGCUGAAGAGAGAGCCAAUCUCAUACAAUCUGUCCAGAAAGUGUCCAGGUGUCGUUUCACCCUUAAGCCAACGAAUAAAAUCCAGAAAUAGAACGGUUUGAAUGUAAAAAAAGUGUUGAAUUUUCAUGAAACAUUAAAUGGAGCUAAAAAUA